GGUUGUAUCUUGUAAUGAUCCCAGCAGAGGGCACUGUGUGACAUGUGCAUGGGAGAGAGCUUCAAAGCAGUAUUGAAAAGCUUCUCUAAGGGUAAAGGUUGAAACAGCACGGGAAGAAGCAGGGUGAAAGACACAAAACUGUUGGCUUUCUAUCUGCAAGAUUCAGAGGAACUCUUCAUCCAGUAACAACAAGUGAAGGUCGGUGAGAAGGCUAACGAGAAGGAGUUCCUCCUGAAUCUCUUGGUGGGUGAAGAGGGGAUGAAAUCUCACCAUAUGGCCAAAGGAACCGCAUUGCAGGGCGGUAAACAUCGACACUGGUACCUGUGGGUGUCCAUUCCCACUGUGAUACUUCUUCUCGGAUUAAAUGCCACCUGGGACCGAUGCUGGACAAUCGGGCCUUCAGCCAGCAGAUGGACAGAGGGUCCAGAGAGGGAAAUACGUCAUGUGCUACCCCGGAAUGAGCAGGAGGAUGGAUGGAAAGGUCUGGACAGCUGCUCUGGGAUCCUGGAAGGUCAUAGGUUUGACUGUUACCCCGAAAGGGACCGAGUGGUCACCCGGGAGCUGUGUGAGCAGCGUGCCUGCUGUUUUAUCCAGGUACCCCCGAAUCUAGCCGGGGUACCCUGGUGCUUCUACCCACCCAACUUUCCAAGUUACACCCUGAGGAACCAGACCCCCACAGAGCUGGGCGAAGCCGGAGAGCUGCUCCGAUGGAAUAAAACCUACUACCCACGGGAUGUUUUCAAACUUCAACUCAAUGUGAUGUUUGAAGCCGACAACAGACUUCACAUCCAGAUAAAUGAUUCCCUCAAUCCACGAUAUGAGGUCCCCAUCGAUGUUCCCAAGGCAACGCGAAAAGCUAAGAAUCCAUUGUAUACCGUGGAAUAUUCUGAGGAUCCAUUUGGAAUCAUUGUGAAGAGGACAUCCACUGGAACAGUGCUGUUAAACACCACCGUGGCUCCUCUGUUCUUCGCUGACCAGUUCCUGCAAAUGUCGACCUCGCUGCCUUCAGUUUACAUCUACGGCCUUGGGGAACACCGGGCCAGCUUCCUGCAGAGCGUCCAGUGGAACACUCUGACCUUCUGGGCCCGUGACAGUGUGCCGAGGGAGUUUGUUAAUCUCUAUGGGGUCCACCCCUUUUACCUGUCUCUGGAGCCCGAUGGAAUGUCGCAUGGUGUUUUCCUCCUCAACAGCAAUGCAAUGGAUGUGGUCCUCCAGCCUGCUCCUGCCCUGACCUGGAGAACUAUUGGAGGGAUCCUCGACUUCUAUGUAUUCAUGGGCCCUGACCCCAGCUCAGUCAUCCAGCAGUACCUAGAGGUCAUCGGUUUGCCAGCGAUGGUGCCUGCUUGGGGCCUUGGAUUCCAUCUCUGCCGCUGGGGAUAUGGGUCAAGUAAUGCCACUUGGGAGAUGGUGAAACAGAUGAGAAAAGCUGGCAUACCCCAGGAUGCUCAGUGGAAUGAUAUUGAUUACAUGAUGGAUUAUCGGGAUUUUACCUUCGACCCUCAGAACUUUGCCACCCUUCCUCAGAUGGUUGCAGACCUGCACUCCCAUGGACAGCAAUAUGUCAUGAUUGUGGACCCAGCAAUCAGCAGUGUUCAGCCACCAGGUUCUUACUGGCCAUAUGAUGAAGGCCUAAAGCAAGGAGUUUUCAUCAACAAUGUGUCUGGAAGCCCUCUGAUCGGAAAGGUUUGGCCUGGGUUGACGGCAUUCCCUGACUUCACAAAUCCCAACACGGACCAGUGGUGGUUCCAGAACUUGCUGCAGUUGCAUAAAGCUGUGCCCUUCGAUGGGCUCUGGAUUGAUAUGAAUGAGCCCUCAAGCUUUGUGGAUGGAUCAGAGACUGGUUGUCCUUCGAAUGAGCUUGAAAAUCCACCAUUCAUUCCAGGUGUGUUGGGUGGCACUUUACGCAGUCAAACCAUUUGUGCCUCAGCAAAACAAAGUGCAUCAACGCACUAUAAUGUACACAGUCUGUAUGGGCUCAUGGAGGCCAAAGCCUCUGCAAGUGCUUUAGUUAAAAUCCGUAAGAAGCGCCCAUUCGUAAUUUCUCGGUCAACAUUCCCAAGUCAAGGCAGGUAUUCUGGACACUGGCUGGGAGACAAUGAGAGUAAAUGGAAGGACAUGUACUUUUCUAUUGCAGGCAUUCUGAAUUUCAAUAUGUUUGGAAUUCCUCUUGUGGGAGCGGAUAUUUGUGGAUUUAGGGGGAGCACCACUGAGGAAUUGUGUAUCAGAUGGAUGCAACUUGGUGCCUUCUACCCAUUCUCCCGAAACCACAAUACAGAAAACGAGAAGGCUCAGGACCCUAUAGCUUUCAGUGAAUCUGCUCAGGAAGCAAUGAAACGUGCUCUCUUUAUCCGCUACUCGCUGCUCCCGUACCUCUACACACUUUUCCAUCACUCUCAUGUUUUCGGAGAAACAGUUGCCAGAGCCAUUCUCUUUGAGUUUCCUGAAGAUCGAAACACUUACUCCAUCGACAAACAGUUUCUAUUGGGCAGCUACCUCCUCGUUAGCCCGGUGUUAGAAGCAGGGGCAGUCACUGUGAUGGCAUAUUUCCCCAGAGGCGUUUGGUACGACUUUUACACAGGUUCAGCCCUUCGUAGCACAGGAGAAUAUGUCAAACUUUCUGCCCCUCUGGACACCAUCAACCUACAUCUUCGGGAGGGAGCUAUUGUCCCCACACAGGAACCUGCCACAACCAUCUGGGUGAGUAGUGGGAACCCUCUUCACCUGUUGGUGGCCCUAUCCCAGAAUGCAUCAGCAAAGGGCUGCCUAUUUUGGGACGAUGGGGAGAGCCUGGAUACCUACGAGAGAAACGCUUACACUUACAUUGAAUUUGCUGUGGAGAAGAACCAACUGAUCUCCAAAGUGGUACAUGUGAACAUUGAGGCUACUUACAUCAAAGUGAACACCUUAAGUGUCUAUGGGGUCACGUUUCGACCAUCGAAGGUAAUCGUAAAUCAGCGGCCAGCUUCCUUUUCCUAUUCUUCGAACCAGGUGAGGCCUGAAUGCCAGAAUUUCACCAUCAAUCAUUCCUUUACAUCACUUCUCAUUUUUUUGAAGGUUUGUUGCCUCUGUAUCUGUGUCACCUCCACCUCUAUUGUCCCCUUCCUUGAUGUUUUGUCCUCCACCAAUAUCGAUCUCUCGCCUCUGUUACAUGUCUUCCGACAGCCCCACUUUUCCUGUCGCCACCCUUUUCUUUGGGACCUCUUCAUCUCAGUCACCCUGUACCCUUCCAUAACCCUUCAACAGUCUGCACACUUCCAACCCUAGCCUCCUGUGUCUUGUCCCUUCCAUUUUCCCCACCAUUGAUGUCCAUUCCUUUCAUGUCUAUGUCUAGGUCCAGCUCUGGAAUUGCCUAUCUGUCUCUCCCUCCCCCUCCCCCUCCCCCUUUUAAACUGCUUUAUAAAACUUAUGUGGCUGGGUCUUUGGACCCCUGUUCUAAUGGCUCCUGCUUUGGAUCCUUGUCAAUGUUAGUCAGUUAAGGUUGCUGUGAGGUAUUUUGGGACACUUCAUCCAUAUUCGGCACUUUUGUUGACUGUUGUUGGUACAGUGUUCACUUACUGACCUUGUAUUCGUCAUUCUUUGGAAUAAUGGAAAGUUUAUUGAUUAAAUGAUGCAUGAAAGACCACAGUUUUUGAAUGAAUAUUUUGUGGUGCAUAUUUCCUUGCAGGUUCUGACGGUUGUUAAUCUCCAAGUCCCCCUUGAGAAAGAGUUCCACAUCUCAUGGUCAUAACAUCUUGGAGAAAACUUCAAAUUGAGAAUGCAUCCUGCUAGGCAGACCAGGCCUGUGCUUGCCUCCUGUAUGAAGCAAUACAGAACCUCCUGGAAAUAUACAGCAGGCCAAUUGACAGCUGACAACAGAAAACAAAUGUGGCCUUUUAGGUAUGCACCUUUCUUUAAAGAGGCCCAUUCUAUGUAAACAUACUCCUAAACAAAUUAGAUUUCAGGUAGUGUCUUUAAUCAAAUAAGGACAUCCUACAGCCAGUAAGUUUUGAAAAUCUACUUUUAAUUUUUACUCAUGUUGUCUGGUCUCUGAUGUCUUUCCAGAAUCUGUGGUUUUUACUUCAGAUUCCGGUUCUUUUCUUUGAUCCCUUAUUUAGCUUUACCUCCUUAUUGCCCUUUCCCCAUCAAAUUAUGUUUGAUUUAACUCUGUGCUGCUUAUCGAAGUUGAUAUUGAGGUGAUUCUGGUGUUGAUGUGUAAAAUGAGGCCUCUAGGCAGCCUAUAGUGUAAAUGAGAAUAAAUGAAAACCCUUUGUCUUCCAUUCAUCGGGACAUAUGGAAGGAAGUCAAAUUUCAAAAGGAGCAACAAUUUACAUUGCAUGAAAAAGGGUACUGAUUGGUCAGAUUUGAUUAGCUGAGGUGUUGUCAUAAAGAAUGCAUGAAUGGUCAUUGUUCCCAAUGAUUUUGUUCAGAAAAGCACACUGUGUGAUGAAUUUAUUUUUUACUUUUUAUUUAUUCAUAGAUGUGGCUAUUUCAUUUAUUGCUUAUUUCUAAUUGCACUUGAGAAGGUGGUGGUGAGCCUCCUUCUUGAAUUGCUGCAAGUACUUGGGGUGUAGGUACACACACCUUUCUGUCAGGGAGGAAGUUCCAGAAUUCCAGAGUUUUGACCCAGUAAUUAUGAAGGAACAGCAAUUAUAGCUCCAUGUCAGGAUGGUAAAUAACUUGGAAGAAAACUUGGUGGUGGUGUUCUCAGGCUCUGCUACCAUUGUCCUUCUAGGUUGUAGAGGUCCACAGAUUUGUAAGAUGCUGCAGAAGGCUGCAUGUAGCUUUCACCAAGUGUAAGCGAACUAUAUCGCAAGCUCAGAUAAGGCCAUAAGAUCAGUCUUAGCAGCAAAUAGUAAAUAGGGCCUUGUAAAUGGGGUCUCAGCCAUCUGCUCAAUGCGCAAGCUUGACACUAAAAUAGGGCACAUCAAAGCUAUUUGAUGAAAUAUUGGCUACUGUUUCACACUGUUUCUAUGCAGUAGCUACGUAAUUGCUUUUUUUGAUUACCAACUUGCUGCCAUCAAACCAAAAAGACAUUCUCUACCCAGAACACAAGUGAGCAAUGUGGGAUUUGAAUUUCAUUGUUGGUGGGUGGUAUGAAAUGUUUGUUUGGCUUUUUGCAACAGGUAGAGUACUAACUGUACUCGGCCAGCCCAUGGUUGCAAAUCUCAGAACAUGAUGUCUAAGGUCGGAUGUGAUUCCACGAGUGGACAACAUUUAUUGAAUCUUAAUGUGCUAAGAAUUGCAUUACCAAUUUAUCAUCAGUCAGGCUCAUAAUGUAGCUCACUUUGACUCAACUGAAUUUUUAUAUAUUCAUAAGCAGAGGCCUGUCCUCUGCUAGAGAAGGAAUUUUUCCAGGCAUUACACAUUUAUUGAAUGAAACACUUAUGUGGGCAACAGAACUCCCUUGUGCAUCUCCAUGGCAAUGCCUCAAACAAUCAGAUGUCUUGCCAACCAAUCAGUGACCGUUUAGCAGGCAAUAUAAAUUGCUGUACCAUUUGAAAUUUGGUAUUCUUGCAUCAGUCCUGAUGAGCGCAUGUUGUAAAGCUGUGACAAUGUAUAAUUUUACAGCAGUUCUACUGAUCUACAGCUAAUCAGUUCAAUCUCUGUCCUUGUGCUCGCUUGCUAAAACAUAACUCGUGUAAACACUGCAUCAAAUAGGGAAAGAUCUCUAUUGUUUUGUUUUAAAAAAUGAA